GAAACCCUAUAGAGAACUGAACCUUAAUCCAGGAGGAAUGUAUCCUAGUGAACACCUGAACCCGGAGUAAACAAUCCGUCCUCUCUAUUCUCCACAAAUACCUGAUUUUUAUCGGUUUCCCAACCCAACCCAAGGAAACUUUAUAAAUUCUGAGGAAAAAUUUCCGUUUGGUUUUCUUGACUGAGUUUUCAGAUUUCUAAAGUUGCAGUUCCUAAGUCUAGUUUCCUUAAUAACAGAAAACGUGGGGUUUUCAAACUUGAAAAUUGAGUGUUGGGAGAUGAAUCUUGAACCAUGUCGGGAUGGAGAAUAAGGAGAUGAGGAUGUACUCCAUGUACCUGAUAUUACUGAUCCUCUCACUCGGUUUAACCGACGGGACGGAUUUAAAUGAUGCGAUUAUAUCGGAGCGAAGAAUUCUUACUCAGGGUUUGCAGCUGGCGUAGGUAUCACUGUACGGGGUGAGCUGACCGCUGAAGGAACAGCUGAUCAGAAGAUCGUCCUGACAUCUAUUGAUGAGCCGGGGAAACAAGAAAAUAGAACGGUUCGGCUGGUGGACGGUCCGAGUAUAGACGAAGGGAUUAUACAGAUUCUCGAGAAAGGAAGAUGGAGAUCGGUUUGUACAAACUCCCGAAACUGGACAGCAGUCGACCUAAAGGUGGUCUGUUCUCAGUUAGGUUUUCAAGGUGGAGAGUGGCAUUACUGGUUCGAUCAUCUUAAUAAUACAAGGAACAUGCUCUAUCAAGAUCCAGGUUGUCUGGGGCUUGAGAGACGGAUUGAGGAUUGUAUGUGGGAGAGGAGAAAGAUGGGGAGCGGAGUUUGUGAUCAUCAUCCGAACCUUGGGAUCCGUUGCAGUCCGUUCCAUAACCCGGAGAACAGAGCUAUCUCGGCACACUGGAGAGGGUUGAGGUUUGAAUAUCCAACCUUCUCUAAGAGGUUGACCGCGGAGGACACCACAUACGGAGUUUUCUCGAAAUCGGUUUUGAAGCAUAUUGAGAUCUUGAAUGCCGGCCAAGGCCGAUAUAAAGGAUUGUUGAACGCGACCUCGGCCGUUGAGACCCUGGGCGUGCCCCCCUUGAUGUCCUAUAUCAAAGUCCAAAACUCAGCUUACAACGGAAUAAACAUAACGAUGCCAAUGUCUGAAGUCUUGAUAGAAUAUGCCAAUAUAACGAUGAACCGUGGAUACGGAGUGUACAUGAACUCAUCACGUGGUUCCCUCGUGAUCAAGGAUUCAGCUGUCACUUCCAACAUGGCCGACGGAGUCAAAUUACACGUUCAUGAUCAGCGGCCAGAGAGCAGGGUCAUUGAAGGCCUGGAUAUACAUGAUUUCUGUACAUACAGUACAACGUACAGUCAGACCUAUCCUUUACUUAUGGUUGCAGAACAGUACAAGGAUAGCAUGGUAGAAAGGUCUUGUGGUAAAAGAUUCUACACGAAGAAAGGAUAUCUUCUAACUCUUCAUUUUAUUCAUCUGAUGGCAAAUGUGGACGAUGGGGUCACACUAGAGGUCAGGGACGGAGCAGAUACGUCCUCAAGGUUGAUAAAGUCAAUAGAAGUGAAGAACUAUACAAGACCAGAGAGUGUAGUAACCACCUCAGACAACAUGUAUGUCACCUUUACCGCCAAACGGCGGGUCAAAACUGAGAUCUUCCUGGAGAUAACGGCGGGGCUUGCUAAAUCCGCUGAUCUGAAUCUAACCGAGUCCGUUGUGUCUGAUAACAACGGUCGAGGGGUGUGGGUGAAACGAAUGCGGAGCAAUGUUCAUAUUCAUAAUUCUCAUAUUAAGAGGAACAAUCAUAUUGCUGGUCUUCAUAUUGACGAAGGAGCAGGAUAUGUUAACGUGACACACAGUAGGAUAUCAGAGAACUAUGUUGACGGUGUGAACAUUACUUAUGGCGGCGGGUGUCAGAACGUGUCAUGGUCUCAGGUUUCCGACAAUAUAGGAGCUGGGAUAUCGUUAUGGUUGAAUGAGACCACUGUUAAUACACCUGUUCGACAAGAAUUCGUGGUGGCUUACUCAAACAUCUCACUAAACCAUGAUAUUGGAGUUUUGGUCGGAAAUUUCUGCGGCCCCGCCGUGGUGAACGCAUCAGGAAACUAUUUUGUCUUUGGAAGAUAUAUUGGACUUGAGAUCCUUUCUUGCUGGAGGGAUUCAGCUUUAGAGAAUGUUCCAGAAGGAAACAUGGCACUACAAAUUGGACACAAUCAUUUCGAGUACAAUGAGGGUGUGGCGGUUAAACUUAGUCCCAUUGCUCGAGCCAGGGGUAAAAUAGAACACAAUGAUUUCAUUGGUAACAAGGACGGAUGUGUUUACACCCAGAACGAGGAUGAUUUUAUUCUUGAAAUCCAAGAUGUAGAUUUACUGAUAGAAGAGAAUAGAUUUUAUAACAACGAAGGAUCUUACGUCCUAAACCUGGGAUUGUCUCACUAUGAUUACAGGAAGGGACAGAAGCUGAGAGCAAGGUUUAAUUGGAUAAUGAAUAACAAGAUAAACGAACCCUGGCUCGGACUAAAUCCUAGAAGUCAGGUUGCAGCACCUGUGGUUCUCUCUUCUGAUAAUAUCAUCUUCGAGAGAAAUAUUCUUGAAAAUCCUGGAUCUAGGUAUGAGAUAGGAUCCCAUCUUAUUGAACCUAACACGGAGCUAAACUGUAAACUCAACUGGCUGGGAGAUAAGGAUGAAGAGAGGGUUUGGGGCAGAAUCUUUGAUAGAGAUGAUAGAUAUAAUCUCGCCAAGAUCAGUUAUAUCCCAUAUCUCCUUUCAAACAAUAUCAAUACAGAACUACUCCUGGAGAGACCCUUGUUUGAGCAUAUUUUUAUCAAUCCUAAAACCAGGGAGAUUGGGGGAGAUGUAUCAGGAGUAGAAGAGCUUAGAGAUAACGGAGUUUAUUUUGUGAGACGAGAUAUUAACGUCCGUCCAAGUGGCCGGCUUAAAAUUACACCUGGAGUAACGUUGAAGUUUGAACACUCUGUGGGAAUGAUGGUUUCAGGAGAACUUAUUGCUGAAGGUGAUCUCCAAGGGGGUCAACCUGUCCUAACCCUCCUGGAGACAGUGCGAGAAAACGUGACGAACGAGAUUGUAAGAUUGGUCGGAGGUCAGACCCUGAGAGAAGGAAGACUUCAGGUUAAGUUUGGUGAAGAAUGGGGUUCAGUUUGUGAUUUCGGCUGGACUCUUGAAUCAGCAGCUCUAGUCUGCCAGCAGAUGGGAUUUGUUUUGAACCCUGAGGACUGGAAACUACAGAGGAAUGAGGUACCUAGAGCAGGGAAUACUGAACCAAUUUUUAUGUCCAAUGUACGAUGCAAGAAGCUAGAUAUGGAUAUAAGAAAGUGCAAAGCUGCAGAAAAGAUGGAGGAUUUUAUAAAUUCUUGUUCUCAUGAACAAGAUGUUGGUUUAAGAUGUUACGACAUAUCCUGGGCUGGGAUGAGGUUGGGAAUGACCUCCAAAAGAUCCAAACUGUAUGACGUGAAGGUGGAGAGAGCAGGAUUGUUUGAUUACCGAACCCACUCCUUCAUGCCUGGGAUUCAGGCAGAUUUCUCUCACCAUGUCUUUGAAAACCUGGAGGUUCGGGACAAUUAUCAGGACGGUUUGGGAAUAAUUUACUCCGACAUAUACUAUCCAGACCAUGUCAAUUUCAUUAAAAACUCUCUUUUCUCUGGAAACAAGCGGCACGGGAUAAGUUUCCGCCAACUGGGAAUGAGAAUUACAGAUACUGAGAUACGAGACAAUGCCCAAGCUGGAAUCUAUCAUGAUCCCAAGCUGAGCAAGCUAGAACAGAGAGAGCUGGCAGAGUGGAUGUCUCUUAUUGAUGAGUCCAAAUCUGAUACCAUCAUACGGUUUCCAGAGUUUACCAGGGGAACUGAGAAAUCUAAUCCAAUUGUUCUGCGAGAGAAGGAAUCAAAACUGAUCAUUACAUCUCCGAAUGUAACCUCAGAGAAGAAAGUUUACUUUAUCAGAGUUGAGAGAGAUGAGUUUGUAAUCGGAAUGCAACUAAUUAAUCCGUUCCAUAACUACACAAGUGAAAAGUUUACCAUCUAUGAUUACAAUGAAGUGUCUAGCUCCCAAAAUAUCAAGGUCUGGGAGGUUUCAAGAGAUAUUGCAACAUUUCCAGCAGUUAGUUCUUCCUAUGCUAUCACUAUAGAGGUGGAUCCUGGAGAUGAACCUCUUGGAAACAUGAUGCUUCUCCUUACUCCGAUCAACUGUGCAAACCUGCCAGGGAAUUGUAAUCCCAGCGCCUGGUUUAUAAACCCCCUGGAUAGAAAUAGGAUUUAUGAUGGUCCAAUCCCACGUCUUACAAUUUCAAAUUCAAGAAUUGCAUUCAAUGGCAAAGGGUUGAUGGCGGUUCAUUACAACAGAUAUCUUGGACAUGAUUCUCAGGUCUAUUUGAGGAAAGCUAAUGAGUCUAUAGAAAUCUUUGACAGUGAGAUAUCUUCCAAUAAAGAAGCAUUUUUCAUAUUUACUCCGUUUAGGGAGUUGAAUCAGUUCAAUAUCUCUGAAAUAACCUAUAUGAUCAACAGAACUAGAUUCUCAGAUAAUCAGGGAGGAAUUUUCCAGUAUUCAAAAGAUCUUAGAGACUCUAAUAACAUCUAUCACUGGGUGCUGAGAGAGAAUAUUUUUGAACAAAACAAGGGAGGAGGCUUUGAUGUCUCUCUCCCCUAUGUCUGGCAUUACAAUGAGAACUUCACACAUACUGUUCAUAUUGAUUCAAACUCCUUUGCCAAAAACAAGGAUUUUGGAUUGAAUAUUCGAGGACAUUUUGCUCGAGUUUAUAUUGUUAAUAAUACCUUAGCAGAGAAUUAUUGUGAGGAGGGGUUGAUAAGUAUCUCUGGGAUGGAGAAAGAAUCAACAAUAUUUGCAAAUAGUAUUUACAGAAAUGAUGGAAUCUAUAUGGUUGAAUUAGAUUUGGAUUCACAAUCUGAGAUAAUGGGAUAUGUUGCAGCUUACUUUACUCAGAACGUGAUUCAACAAAACAGACAUUCUCAUCUGAAGUUAGGUCUAGAUUCAUAUCAUCCUGCCAGCUAUACCCUAGCGGUUAAAGGAGUUCAGAAGUUUAAUAUAACAAACAACCUGUUUGGAAACGAAGGACUAGAUUACGAACUUUUAGCUGGGGUUAAAACUUCCAGAGUUGGAAACAUCCUCAAUGCCGAAUCCAACUACUGGGGAACCUCAAAUAUAGAUCUAAUCCGGGAGAAAUUGUUUGAUUUUGAUGAUUGGAAUUCCUAUUCGACUGCACACUUUCUUCCAUACCUUCUGGAAAACAGCUUUGACAGUCAACUCUCCACCAGCUAUGUUAGAACACCUGAUGUAGAUUUUGACAACCUGGGCGGGAGUUUACAUGAAUCUGUAAGAUUGAUUAACAGAAGACGACCUUAUAUUAUCAGGAGAGAUUUGACAAUUAUGCCUGGUGUGACCCUAACUAUAGAUCCAGGGGUUGAGCUCCAGUUCUAUCCAAGUGUUGGAAUCCUUGUACUUGGAACUUUGAUGGCUCAGGGUAAUAUUGAUGAUAACAUUUUGAUGAGACCUGUUCAGCUUAGCAGAGUCAAUGAUUACAGAGUAGGACGGAGAAAGCGCCAGGCGUUCUAUAGGAAUGGUCCUGAUUUUGAUGUAAGACUAUGUCAGGCGGAUCAGAAUGGAACAAUAUGUCCGGAAGGCACUAAUCAAGGUUUCCUUGAGAUAUACAAUAGAACAACCAUGCAAUGGAUCCCAAUGUGUGACCCUAGGUUCACGGAGAGGAAUGCCGAGGUUAUCUGUCGUCAGCUUGGAUUUAGUGAUCUCAACGUCUUCCUCAACUUCGAUCAAAGGAUCGAAUACCAUGAAGAAUCUCUCUCCAGGAUCAUUUACUGGCCAGAACCCUUCCAGUGCUCCGGUAGGGAGAGGAGACUGUCCCACUGUCCUAUUCGUAUGAAUGGUCAAAUCUACGGCCAUGACUAUGGAUGUAACUGGAAAGGAAAAGAGUUUGCAUUCAUCCACUGUGGAGAGAGAAACCUGGAUAACUCUAUGGAGUACUGGGGCGGGGUUAGAUUCUCAGUUAAGAACUUUGAGCAGGACUUGUUUCAUGAACAUAUACAUGAUGCCGUAACUCACUCUCAAGUAAAGAAAUCCGAGUCCGUCCUACAAUAUGUUCAAAUAAUUGGAGCUGGAAUCCUGCAUACAGAGAAAUCUCCAGCUGUUCAGAGCAUCAUGAAGUCUCCUCUCAUCUCCAGCGUUAACAUCUCCAGGUGUGCUUAUGAUGCAAUCAAUAUGAUAUCUCCGCCCAAAACUGUGAAUCUGCUUUAUAACAAGAUUGAAAACAACAUGGGUGCUGGAGUUUCUGCUGCUAUUCUUACUGGAGAAAUUCGCGAUGCUGAAAAUUCCGCUUUCAUUCCAGUCAAGGAAGUUACAAUUCCUUAUCACAACUUUGGAAUGAUCGAUAUCUGUGAUCCGCACAAAGAGAUAGUGAUUGAAGAGCGUGUUCUACUCUACUACAAGUAUGAUAACAAUCCUGUGGACUGUGUUAAGAUAUUUGCAAGUGUGUACGAUGUGAAACCAAUUGGGUUCAGAUUACUCCAAUACAAUUUUGUCAACAGCUCCGGAGAACCAUGGAUCCCUGAUCAUCUCACCCUUUAUGACGGAGAUAUUUACAAUCAUACUAUCAAACCUAUGACAACAAUAAAGGUUGAUGGAAAAAAUCUAGAAAACAAACUUUGGUCUUCAUCUAAGGACAAUGCCCUGAGUAUAAAGUUUCAUGCUACUGGCGCUAGAAACUCUCUAGGAUUUGUAGCUGAAGUUGUAACGCUGCCAAUUUCUUUUGUUGGAAAUGAUAGAUACGUGAAGCACAAUAUUUCAUUCUCAGUGAUAAAGAAUAAUGAGAGAGGAGCGGUUCGGUACACAUCAGCCGGAGAGAUCAAUCCAGUACUUACUCUUGCUAGAAACCAGAUCAUGGAUAACUGUGUUGAUCUUUAUGGAAACUUCUCAACCUGUCAAUCCGCAAUUCAUCUAGAUAUUCAGAACACUCAGGAUGUUUUCUUCUUGAAUAAUUAUGUUGCAGGAAAUAUUGGAGGAUUGUUUAUCCGAGCUGGGAGUAGUGGAACUGCAACCUCUCUCAAGGGAGUUCUGCUUAACAAUGUUUUCUCUGAGAACAGGAAGGAGGUUACAUUGCACCUGGAGGGGAUCCAGGCCAGUCCUUACCAACAUAUAAACAUGAACAGGAACUAUAUGACAAGGAACAAUGUCACGUUUAAACCAGUUGUGAUCAUGAACCAGGUCGUCUGUAACACUUCCUUCAAUACCUUCUUUAACAACUACGGUCGGGUUAUCCUGGAGAUCACUGGUUACAACAAUGUCAGAUUACCAAUCUAUCAAUCAUUCACCCAUAACGGUUUCCAUAAUAACUAUGCGUAUGGUAAGCAUUGUGAUCAAACCACACUGAAGAGAUGUGAAUGGGGGAGUAGAGCAACAAUCCUAGCUGGAUCGGCAGGACAGGAGUACGUGGACAACGUAUUCUAUAACCUUGACAACGACUAUGAGCUGGUUACCAUGAACAGGUCGGAGUACGACGUGUGGAAGACCCCAAUCAAUGCCAAGUACAACUAUUGGGCGUACAAUGAGACCUACGCAGUUGCAGGACGGAUAAAGGAUCUGCAUGACGAGGACGGAUUACUAGAAGUAGAUUUUACACCGUUUCACAUGAAUAAUAGAACCUUGCUCAGUGGAAAAUGUCAUCCUGGCUGGACCCUCGUUGGAGGCACAUGUUUCAUGUAUCAUGGUGCUCCAAUGAGCUUCAACAAUGCUAAAUCCUUCUGCGCCAAGGACAAUGCAUCGAUGCCAUACUUGAUGGACAGGUACUACCAAAUCCAUAGGUACCUGGAGACACAACAAGAGGAUUGGAGAUACUAUGACAUGGUUUGGGUUCAGCAUCUCGACUCUCCUGCAAAUGAAUGCACAGCUUUUGUUGAUGGACAGGUUGACUCAGUGUCCUGUGAUUUCCUGCUCCCGACCCUCUGUGAACUUGAUCCUCAUGUCAGUCCUGGGUUCAGUAUUCAUCAUCUGGAGGAUUAUGUAACCAUUGCAUCAAUCUGCUCUGUCAUUGGUUGCUUUCUCCUCAUCGUUCUUAUAGCAGUGCUCUGGUGUUCCAAGAACAGAACCAGGAACAAGGAACGGUUUGAGAGACGGAACUCUAUCCGUCUCUCCAAGAGUUCCCUGGGCAGUAGAUCUCUGGCGUCUAUGCAGAGUGCAGGUUUCAGUGAUAUUAACUACCGGAGAAAGAUGAUAAAUAAUUCAAGACAACCUAGUAUUGUUGGAACCAACCCGUACGGUCCAAAUACUAGUUUUGACUCAAUUGAGAAACGUUCCAGUGCAUUAAAUUCAACCCUGGAGGAUGCUCUUUCCUAUGAUAUUUACGAGCAAAAAAUGGCAAAUCCUGUUCCAUUUGGGAGCCAUCUUUCUCCAGGGAGCACUAACUUUAUAGAUCUUCAUGGACAAGAGGUUCAUUAUGCUCCAGGAGGUAGCAGUAUCAAUGCAACCAUCCAUAGAGCAUCUGUAAACUAUGAUUCUUUUGAAAACAGGCAAAUCCGUCCUGACACUAGACAAUCACAGUUAAACACAGAGGAUUCACAGAAAUCACUGUGGCAUGCCUCCCAGCAUACCUUGAGCAUGAGAGAUGCAGACUCCGUCCUAGAGCUUAAACGAGAUCUCCAGUUAGAAUUGAAACCUGAAGCUGAGGAUUCAGCGAACACUAGUGAUACUCAAACUUCUCAAUCCACGGAUCAGGAAUAUCAGAAUAUGGAUCAGGAUUAUCAAACUAUGGAUCGAGAGUAUUCACGGGAUCGGAGUAAUCAGUCAACUUUCCGUCCUGCAAAUACUGCAGUUUAUGGACAUUCAAACUUUAAUACUUUACAGAUGCAACAACAACAGCAACAACAACAUCAACCUCCGCAGGAGCUUCAACAACCUCAACAGCAUAUAGGCAACAUCCCUUCAAUGCCCGGGUAUGCCCGACCUUUUGCCCAUCAGGAGGAACCCAGUCCUUCAUUAAGAGAAACCUUAUCUCGAGAAAACCCUCCUCGUCCCUUCCACCCUCCCCCCGCCCCUCCUAGUCAAAGACCAGUGUCAGAUCAUUUCAGAAAAAAUCCUUCCCGAUCCUUCAGACCGUCCGAUCCACCAGCACUGGAGACAGGUUUCGAUGAUCCACCCCCUCGACAGACCCGCUCCAAGAGCAUGCAGAUCCUUGAAACCAACCUGGAUGAGGAUGGGGAUGAAGAAAGUCUAGUGAACCAGUCUCAUAAACUCUCUAGGAGUAUGCAACUACUCAACGCCAAUAUUAGUGUUAACUCAAGCCUACUAGAGACAGAUAUGUAGGUUUCAAAAUAUCAGGGAUAAGAUCGAACUUUACCAAGUGAUUAAUCUCAAAACAAUUCCUCAAAAUGAAUAAAGUUCAAAUUAUAUAUUUUUAUAGUUAUUUAUUGUUGAAAUUAACAAUAUUGAUAUGGCAACUGAUGUCUAUGUGCCUAAACUUAAAGAAAACUGCCUUUUUUAAAACUUUUUUUUCACAACAGCGAAUAUUGUGAAUAUGUAUAAAUAAAUAAUAGUGUAUAAAAAGUUUAAUGUUUUUUUUGUAUGAAUAUUAUAUAAAUGUCAUUAUUGUUGUUUAACAACAAAAAAGAACUGAUAUUAAGAGCUAAAUGUCUGCAAUAUAAUAAAUCGAUUUCCUUCUUA